AAUAAUAGAGGAUUACAGCAAUAAUUUCCUUCGAAAAAGUAAACAGAUAUUAGUACGUGUUUUAUCCACAUUAUUAUAGUUUUAAUAACUACGAAGGGCUACAGGCAUUGGUAGUUUUAAGCGUAUGUGUACCAACUGACGUUGGAAACAUUAUAAACGUAUAUAAUUUGUUUACAGUGCGGUUGCAAAAUAUGACACUUAACACAGACACACUGAGAGUAUGGCUUUAAAGCAGAGUUAUAAGAAGCAAAUAACCCUAAUACUAUAUAUGCAAAGACAAUAAAAACAAUAAAGAAAUAUUUUAAAAUAAAUAACAUGCGUGUUUAACUGGGGGUUUCCGUCCUGACCUCGGAACCAAUGUUGAUCGUGAUGUGGGCGGCAGGUCGGAGCGAGUUCAGCGGGACGGGGUGGACAAGGUAUUUUGGAGCCCGUGUGGGGAGAAAUUGUGCACUGCUUUCAAAAUAAAAAUAAUAAAUAUAUUAAAUGCAUCACAACAGUGGGCUCCUUCGAAAUGCGCACCAGGGGCUCCCGCCCCCCGAACCGGAGUCCAGUAUUUGGAGACGGUCCCUCAUCAGGGGGGAUUGUCUCUAUUAUCACUACGGCUGCGACGGGCUGGACGAUCGUGGCUGGGGCUGCGGGUACCGGACUCUGCAGACCCUGUCGUCUUGGAUCUGCUUCCAAACUCCCGGUGAAAACGCAACCCCGUCCCCGGGGCAGAUCCAAGAGGCUCUGGUUCAAAUCCAGGACAAGCCGCCCGGUUUCGCGGGCUCCCGGAGCUGGAUCGGCUCCUUCGAAAUCGCCUUGUGCUUGGAAAGCUUUCACCGGGUCCCUUGCAAGAUCGUGCACGUCCGCCGGGGAGCCGAACUUCCAAACCGGGUCGACGAACUCCACCGGCACUUCGAGCGCUUCGGCUCCCCAGCCAUGAUGGGAGGGGACAGCGAUAACGGGUCCAAAGCGAUCCUCGGGGUCUGUUCGGGCGACCGGGGUCACUAUCUGUUGGUGUUGGACCCCCAUUAUCACGGUCCAGCCGGCUCGGUUCAGAAGGAAACGGCGCAAGCCGAAGGCUGGGUGUCGUGGAAGAAAAUCGAUUCUUUCGAUCAGCGUUCCUUCUAUAAUUUCUGCCUGCCCCAGCUUGCUGGGAAAUAAAAAGGUAAAUCGUCUUCUAUUUGAAAGGGAACUCGGUUCAAACUCUGGCUUCAUAAGUGCAUCGCAUCGAGGAGCGACAGGACUCGGUUCGGCCCGCCAGCGCUGGUCCGGUUCCGAGCAGCGGAUUGAUCUCACAUCUUUGUUCACGUCGGGUCAUUUUGAAGGAUCUCAGUGAUUUAGCAUUAAAAAAAAAAAAAAACAUGGUUCUGUCGUCCUUGGUAACCCCUGGCAACCCCACUCCAUCCCCUCUGUGUGUAAAGAAGUGUCCCCUUCCUUCUGUCUCCACUCCUUGUCCCCGCAGUGUUCCCUCUGGUCCAGGUUUCUGUGCUGUUCAAUAAAAAAUAAAAAUAAAAAAAAAA